AUGGCUUCCAACACCUUCAUGGCGGUCCAAGAGACCAUUGCUGCCCUUACCUGGCAGCAGACCGGAUGCUUGCUUGCGGGCAUCUGGCUCAUCUAUCUCGUCCAGCUUGUUAUUUGGAGACUAUGGCUCAGCCCUCUGGCCCAUAUCCCAGGUCCCAAGCUGGCCGCUUUGACUCAAUACUAUGAGUUCUACUACGACUUUGUCCUCGGAGGACAAUACACCUACAAGAUCAUCGAUAUGCAUGAACGAUAUGGCCCUAUUGUUCGCAUCAACCCCUGGGAAGUCCAUGUAGGAGAUCCUGAAUUCUUUUCAGAUCUCUACACUGGACCCAGCCGCCGUCGAGACAAGUGGACAUUCUACACCCAACAGUCCGGUGCCCCCCGUACCCGUGUUCCUCACCCAACUGCUCUCGCAGGACCCAAGACUGCGACAGAAGGCUCUCUUGCUGCCAUCGACCACAGCCUUCACAAGUUGCGUCGAAGUGCGCUGAGCCCAUUCUACUCAACUCAGACUGUGCGCGAAUUGCAGCCGGUUAUCGAGGAGAGAGUGGAAGCUCUUCUGGGUGCGUUCCUGAACUACGCCGAGGUAUCCAAUGGACAACCUCUUGAUGUCAUGUAUCCCUACUCUGCCUUUACCAAUGAUGUCAUCAAUGAGUACGCUUUUGCUCGAAGCGACCACCUUGUCGAGAAGCCCGAUUUCGGUGCCGAGGUCACUAAUGACCUUCUCAUCGGUACUCACAUGGGACCUUGUGUGCAGCAGCUCGACUGGGUUCUCACCCUCGUCAAUGCUCUGCCGGAGUCCAUCUCAAACCGAUGCAUGCCGGGAUGGGGAGGGUUCUUGAAGAUGAAGAACGACAUUCUUGAACAGAUCCACAGCGUCGACCCUCCUCAAAGCAGCGGCAAGUGGAUGAUGGACGGAGGUCACCCUACCAUGCUCUCCACCAAGACUCGCUCUGUUCGUGACAAGACUGCCUCUCGCCACACACAGGAAAGCCAGAUCACUGUCCAGGGUGGCACUCUAACCACGUCGUGGGCCAUGUCACUUGCCACUUUCCACCUUUUGAACCGCCCUGAGACCCUCCGCAAGCUACGCGACGAGCUCUUUGAUGCUAUCCCCGAUGCUUACGAGACUAUAACUCUGUCGAAGUUGGAGAGGCUCCCUUACCUUCGUGGAGUCGUCAAAGAAGCUCUGCGCCUUGCUAUCGGAACUAGCAGCCGCCUCGCACGCGUUGCUCCCGAUGAGGCUCUCGUCUACCAUGAUCGCGAGAACGAUGAGGAGUGGAGCCUCCCUCCAGGAUCCAUCGUUGGCAUGAGCCCUUACAAGACCGUCAUGGACGAGAACAUCUUCUACGACGCCCGCGGCUUCCACCCUGAGCGAUGGGUGGAGGACGGAGAGCGACUUGACAAGUAUCUCGACAUCUUCUGUUCCGGUUCGCGCAUCUGCCUCGGCAUGGCUCUGGCUCACGCCGAGCUUUAUCUUACACUUGCCAAACUCUUCCGCAGAUGGGGAAGUGGUGGUGUUGUGUAUGGUAGCGAUGAUGGCGAUCAGCGCUUUGGAGACGUUGGCUACCUCAGCAUCUUCGAGACACGAGUUCGAGACUGCGAGAUUGAUGCUGACUACUUCAUGCCUAUUCCCUACAAGGGAUCUGAGGGAUUCCGCUUCGUCUUCGAAACCUACUAA